AUAUUCCGCAAGUUUUCGUUUUUCGGAGAAAGUUUUUACAGUUUUUGCGCGCUGCACCGGGCAACAAUUAUUCGCAAUGGCGCCCGCCGAUAAUGGGCUUCUCGAGGUCUUCGAAAAUCUUCUUGACCGAUAUAAAAUCAACCUCCUGCAGAUGAUUUUCGGCACCUUCAUCGCCACGAUCGUGUUUUUUGGCGGAUUGAUGACAUUCGUGGAGAAGUACUUGCCGAACAGCAUACGUCAGUCCUUCCGUUAUGGAAAACACAGUUUCAAGGGCGAAACAGAUCCUUUGGUGGCCUGGCUAGAGGUUCCGAAGUCUUGGUUUAAACACUUCUACGUCUUCGCCUUGUUCUGGAGCUGGUUAGGCUUUUAUCUGCUCAUAACAACUGUUCAGGAACAAAAGGAGGCGCCGGAAUAUGUACUGCGAUUCCUGGAUAUUAUGGGCGGUGGGCGGAGUCACCGGAAGGUGGAAAUCGACUCCACGACGGCCUGUGUGGGCACACUAAUGCUUACAUUGCAGUGCACCCGGCGUUUUUACGAGACUAACUUUGUCCAAAUCUUCUCCAAAAAGAGCAAGAUCAACCUGUCCCACUAUGCCGUGGGCUAUGUGCACUACUUUGGAGCUAUUAUAGCUUUACUAUCCAAUACCUCCGGCUUCGUGCGCGGUUCGAAGCCAAUGGAGUUCAGCUUGGACAAGCUAACGGGCCAGCAAAUACUCUACCUCGUCAUUUUCUUUGCCGCAUGGCAACAGCAAUAUGCCAGCAACAUGAUAUUGGUAAACCUAAGAAAAGAUCCACAGACUGGAAAUGUCAGAACGGAGAAGCAUCUCCUGCCCAAGGGAGGGCUGUUCAAUUUGCUUUCGUCGCCGCACAUGUUCCUUGAGGUGGUCAUGUACUUCUGCAUUGCCGAUCUCUAUAUGCCCGUGAGGAUUUGGCGGCUUAUCUUCCUCUGGGUGGCCAGCAAUCAAACGAUUAAUGCUCUGCUAACCCACAAAUGGUACAGAGAAACAUUCAGGGAAUAUCCGAAGAACAGACGUGCCAUCAUUCCGUUCCUGCUCUGAGUCCGAAGACUGGAAAUACUUCGCAUUUUUGUACAAAUAAUUUAGUAGUGGAAUUUAUUAAAGUCGUUUUACACGCACGAAAAA